GCUAUCAAAUUGAACAGACGCGUUAUUUUCAAUAUUUCUAUUCGGUUAUUCGCGAUAAGAACAUAUAAUUUUUUCAACAUGCGUAAAAUGCUAACUACGCUAGCUCUUUUGCUUAGCGUAUUUUUAUAUGGCGCGAACGGUGCAAAUAUUUUAGUUGUCGUACCCACCUUCAGUCCAUCUCAUUUGAUAAUUGAAACGGCCGUGGCCAGAGCAAUGUCGGAAGCCAACCACAAUGUAACAAUGGUAUCGGUGUUACCUCUUAAAUCCGAAUGGUUACAUCCCAGCAUGACAUAUGUACAAAUUGAAUCGGGUUUUAUAGAUAUGAAUGCAGCCAUUUCAGCCAAUCAAGGCGGUGGAUUAAAGAGAAUAAUAAAAGCUGUUGACAUGCUAGAUCAAAUAACACAAGCUAUGGGUCAAGCCCUGGGCGAUCCAAGAUUGACGGAGUUAAUUCAAAAUCCUGGAAAUAAAUUCGAUUUAAUGUUGUUCGGUUAUUUUUAUGCGGACUUCUUUUUUGGCUUGGCUGAACAUUUUAAUUGUCCUGUGGCAUUACUUUGGCCGAAUAUACCUGUCGGAACAAUUUUGAAAAUGAUUGGAAAUCCCAUAGAAAUAACAUACGCUCCUGUCAGUUUAAUGCAACCUGUACCGGCAGAUGAUAAUUAUGGUUUUAUGUUCCGUUUGAAAAAUUUAUUAGCUGGUGCGAUUGAAACGAUGUUAGUGAAAACUCAGUAUGGGACUAUUGAAGGUAUUUAUAGCAAUAAUACUAAAUGUGUUAAUGUCACCCAGGGGAAUGCUCUUCAGAAAAUUCUCAAAGCAUUCUCAAUGAUGAAAAACAUGACUCUUACAUUUGGUGAAAUGCUCGCCGAUCGUAAAAUACAAAGCCUUAUUGAAAAUAGUGAUAAUAAAUUUGAUCUGAUGUUAUAUGGUUAUUUUUAUGCGGACUUCUUUUUUGGUUUGGCGGAGCAUUUUGACUGUCCCGUGGCAUUGCUAUGGCCAAAUAUACCGGUUGGAACAAUUUUACAAUUAAUAGGAAAUCCACUGGAAAUGACAUACUCGCCAGUCAGUUUAAUGCAGAAAAUUCCUCAAGACGACAAUUAUGGAUUUGUAUAUCGUUUAACAAAUUUACUAGUUGGAGGAUUUGAAUUAUUGAUGGCCCAUUCACAAUAUUGGACUAUACAAGGUAUUUACAGUCAAUUCAAUGUUGCCGGUGCAAAUGUUUUGGUCUUUCUUCCCACCUCCAGUCCGUCACAUUUAAUUAUUGAAACAGCAGUGGCAAGAGUUAUGUCUGAAGCGAAUCAUAAUGUGACAAUUGUUUCGGUUUUACCUCUUCACCAAGAAUGGUUACACACCAGUAUGACGCACAUAAAACUUGAAUCGGGAUUGCUUGAUAUGAAUGCGGCUAUUAACGGUACUCAGGGAAAUCGAUUUCAAAGAAUGUUUAAAGCAUUCGAUGUAAUGCAAUAUAUGCUAUUCGGCUUGAGUCACAUAUUCGAUGAUCCCAAAAUGCAAGAAUUAAUGCAUAACCCGGAUAAUAAAUUCGAUUUAGUAAUAUAUAGUUAUUUAUAUGCCGAUUACUUUUUUGGUUUGGCGGAACAUUUCGAUUGUCCAGUGGCUUUACUUUGGCCAAAUAUACCAGUAGUGACGAUUUUACAAUUAAUUGGUAAUCCAUUGGAAGUGCCGUAUACCUCGGCGAGUUUAAUGCAAUCUGUUCCCAUCGAUGAAGGUUAUGGAUUUGAAUUUCGUUUGAAGAAUCUAUUGGCCGCCGCAUACGAAAUUAUUAUGAUGAGCACCCAAUAUAAGAUUGCAGAAAGUAUUUAUAAAAAACACUUUCCAGCCGAUAAAUAUGCAAGCCUGGAAGAGGCCAAACAACGUGUUUCUAUGAUUCUGUUUAGUCAUCAUUUUAGUGAAAAGCCAGCCCGACCUUUGGUACCAGGCAUGAUUGAAAUUGGAGGGAUACAUCUGAAUGAAAAUCCCAAUCCUUUGCCCGAGGAUAUUGAAUCAUUUGUUGCUGGAGCCAAAAAUGGAGUUAUAUUCUUUAGUUUGGGUACAAAUGUCAAGAAAGACCAUUUAAAACCGCAAACAUUGGAGAAAAUCUAUAACGUGCUCUCUAAGCUACCACAGCGAAUUCUUUGGAAAUGUGAUGAUGAAUCAAAGGUGCCGGGAAAUGCCUCAAAUAUACUCUUUCGCAAAUGGUUGCCCCAAGGCGACAUAUUGGGUCAUCCUAAUGUGAAAUUAUUCUUUGGCCAUGGUGGUAAAGGUGGCAUAACCGAAGCGAAAUUUUAUGGCGUUGCUAUGGUUGGUCUGCCAGUAUUUGCGGACCAACCAAUGAACAUGGAAGAAGUUGUGGCAAAGGGUUAUGGUCUCAGUAUAAACCAUGAUGAAUCAUUGUCCGAGGAAAUUAUUCACAAAACUGUCACGGAAGUUUUAAACAAUCCAAAAUAUUCCGACAAUGUUAAACAAUUUUCAAAUCUCUAUCGAGAUAGACCAUUAAAAAUUAAAGAUAAUGCGGUUUAUUGGUUGGAAUAUCUGAUACGUUACAAAGGAGCACCACACAUGCAGAGUCCCCUGAAAACAAUGUCUUUUGUGGAAAAAAUUAAUUUAGAUGUUUAUGCUGUUAUAUUUUUAGUUUUGUAUUUGAUUUUAAAAAUUGUCAAAUUGUGUUUAAGGAGUGUGAUUAGAUGUAUAAGUCGUGAUGAAAAGGCUUCAAAAUUAAAGAGAGAAUAAUUUUGAUAAUGUUAUUUCAUUUUGUACAGCUAUAUUAGGUGAUUAAAGUUCAUUUUGCCAUUAAAAAAGUGUUUUAUUGAAGUAUGACAGCUCAAAUGGAUGUUGUUUGGACAAAUGCGAUAUGAAUUCGUUUUGAAGAGUACAUAAAAUUCACGAUCUGUAAUUAUUUUUAAAUGAUUGAUGUUUAACCUAAUUCAAAUGACUAACAGGUAUAUAAUUUAUAGGUUAGCUAUAAUUAUUAACAAAAAAACAGGCCUAAUUAUACAUAUGAAAUAAAUGCUAUAU